AUGCCCGCGCCGACCCCAAUCCCUCCAUCCACCGAGGUCCUGCUUCGCUGCUCCGAGUCCGCCGACGUGCGGCUACAGCAAUAUGCCAAGGGAGCUCGGGAAGCAGAGAUUGUCGUAGCUGUCGUCGGAGUCGGUUACGUCGGCAGGCGGCUUGUGCAAUCCUUUUCGACGCAGUUCAAGGUUAUCGCCUACGACAUCUCGUCUGCGACGCUUCGCGCCGCAAGACGUGAGCUAUGCGGCGGCGGCAAUAUCAAGUACGCGACGUGUCCAAUGGACAUGAAGCAGGCCACCCAUUUUCUGAUAGCUGUGCCGACUCUGGUGAAUGAAGAUGCAUCCAUUAAUACAACGCAUAUCAAGGACGCCAUCAACACCGUGGCAACAGUUGCUCAGCAAGGUUCGACUGUUGUUAUCGAGAGCUCUGUGGCCGUGGGCAUGACGAGAAGUCUUCUCGGCCCUAUUGCAGUCUCGUAUGGCUUGUUUGCCGGCAUGUCUCCGGAGCGCGUGGAUCCUGGCCGCACAAAUCCGCCGUGCGCAAACAUUCCAAAAAUUAUAUCUGGACUUGACGACACGGUGCCUGGCUCCCUCGCAUCUAUUGAGCAGGCAUAUGGACAAGUAUUCAGCAGGCUGGUCCCGGUUUCUUCGCCCGAGGUAGCUGAGAUGACGAAACUCUACGAGAACUGCCAACGGAUGAUGUGCAUAGCCUUUGCGAAUGAGAUGGCUGAUGCUGCCCUGUCGCAUGGCAUUGAUCCAUUCGAGGUUUCAAGAGCCGCCGCCACCAAGCCUUUCGGAUAUGCUCCCUUCUCACCGUCGGUGGGUGUUGGUGGUCACUGCAUCCCCGUGAACCCUUACUAUCUAUUGUCCAAUAGCUCUUUUCCGCUAUUGCAGGCCGCUACAGAGACUAUGGCCGCCCGCCCGGCACAGAUUGCCAAGAGAACUGUGGAGGAUUUGAAGCUUUCAACUACUAUGGAUGUUGGCUUAGAGAAAGGUCGAGUUCUUGUUGUGGGUAUGGGCUUCAAAGCCGGUCAGUCAGUGUUGAGUUAUUCCCCAGGCGUGGCGCUCGUGGAUGCGCUGCAUGAGCAAGGCCAGGUUGACGUGAGCUUUGCCGAUCCUCUCGUGAGACAGGAGGAGCUGUCUCACAUCACACGGCUUAGUGAAACUGAAUGGAACCAGAACACCUUGGAAACGUUUGACACCAUCAUCAUAUGCGUUAAACAGCCAGGCCUGGAUUAUCAACUCUUACAACACCUGAGCGGUGUCAGGGUGGACAUAUGGUGCCACUAA